UGCUAUCAUCAAACAAACAAAAAGAGUUUGUGUAGUGUUUGUACCAUUCAGCUCAGAGAAAGAUGGAGCUCUAUGUAUUUAUGUUCAUGCUUGCUGCACUCGUUUCUUCUGAGAACAAAGUUGUGCAUGAAGAUUACUUUUUAAUGGGAUGCUCUAAUACAGAGAAAGAACAUAUGUAUGGAAUGGAUGGAGAGGAACUGUACCAUUCAGACUUCAUUAAAGGAGAAGGAGUAGUUACUCUACCUGACUUUGCAGAUCCCAUCGGCUAUGAUGGAUUCUAUCAGCAAGGCUUAUCUGAAAUGCAAGUUUGCAAAGCAAACUUAGACGUAUCUAUCAAAGCUUAUAAAAAUCCACAAGAGAAAAUGGACAAACCUCAGACUUCCAUCUAUGCUGAGGAGGAUGUGCAACUGAAUGUUGAGAACACCCUCAUCUGUCAUGUGAAUGGAUUCUUCCCUCCACCUGUCAGGGUCACAUGGACUAAAAACAACGAGGCUUUAAAAGAAGACAGUCUAAGUCAGUAUCGCCCAAAUGAUGACGGCACUUACAACAUCUUCUCCAGUCUGACGUUCACACCUCAAGAGGGAGACAUUUACAGCUGCUCUGUGAAACACGUAGCUCUCGAUGAACCUCAGACCAAAACAUGGGAAGUGGAUGUUGCUGUGCCCGGUGUCGGUCCAGCUGUGUUCUGUGGAGUGGGUCUGUCUCUGGGGCUGCUGGGAGUCGCUGCUGGAACUUUCUUCCUCAUCAAAGGAAACAACUGCAACUGACAUCCCAGAUAUGGAAGCAAAGUUUGAAAAGAAAAUGUAUAUAGCGUGUAACAGGUCCUGCAAUUAAAGCCAGUUUCAUUUGGCUCCAGUGAAAGUUAAAACAGUAAUUCUGACCAUCAUUCUGUCACUCAUCACAUUGGUGACAGAAAACAUCUUUAUAUAGAAAUAGAUUCAUAAACACAUCAAUUUCAAUAUAAUCUUUAACAACAUUAAUAUUGCCUGAUAUUUCUAAUAAUGCACCAAUGAGGCAACAUCUUUGUUUGAAAUGUAACACCAUUUACACUUACAUACGGAUAGCUUAAAAUGAUAGAUAUA